GGUCACAGCCUGCCUCUCGGUCCGCGGUUCAGAAUGCAGAGUAACGGGACGGACGCACACCCGCUGUUCGGGGGCGCCUUCUCCGCGGUGCUGCCCCCCGGCUUCAGAGACGUCAGCGAGCUCCGAGAGAUCCCGGAUAACCAGGAGGUGUUCGCUCACAGCCACACUGACCAGAGCAUCAUCGUGGAGCUGUUGGAGUACCAGGGCCACGUGACGGGCCGGGACGCAGCCAGGUACCACUUUGAGGACGUGGCCUGCAGUAACGAGGCCGCUGGCCCCGGAGGCUCCCAGGUGCUCAGUGUGGAGCCGCUUCCCGCAGCGCAGACGUCCCUGCAGGAGAGCGAGUCGGCCUGGCUUCUCCACGGCACACAGCUGGUGUCAAAGUUCAACGAGGAGGCUGAGAACGCCGUGAGCGUGUAUCUGGGGCUGUUCCGACUCCCUCAGUACAGCACAGACGCCCUCGUCACUUUCAACAACCCCGUUACUAUCAAUCCCCUCAGCAGCAGUGCUGUCUCAGAGUCGGGACAGGACGCCGUCCCGUCCCCCUGGAGCCUGGAGCAAUUCCGACUGCUUCUCCAGACGCUCCGACUGCUCAACCCGGACGUCUUCGGAUAAGGGCGGGGGGGGCUGUCUGCUCUGUACGGGAGCCCGGAGGGGCCAAUUCCACACAGCUUCAGUGUGGGGGGCAGUGGCACCGGCCACAGUGAGGCGCUGUGGGAGCUUUUCCUUCACUCAGCUCUGCUUGCGUUCUAGCUGUGUUGCUUCAAUCCACAAGGAAACAUUAUCGUACCUCAGCUUUUCAACAGAUGCCUUUGACCCUUGACGUCUUUUUUUUUUUCUGUUUUGAGCCUGCCCUGAGAAUGCUGUACUACCCUGUUCUGCACAGAGACCUGACUGAACCAGCUUGCAGAGGGAGGGGAGGGCAGUCACUGGAACAGCACGGUGCUCUACUACCCCCGUUCUGCACACUGAGACCUGACUGAACCAGCUUGCAGAGGGAGGGGAGGGCAGUCACUGGAACAGCACGGUGCUCACUGACGAUGGAAACGCGGUUAUUAAGGGAAUGCAGUGUGUGUUUUUUUGGCUCCGCAGUUAACGCAGUUGGGCUGUGUGCAGAUAGAGGUCAGGAAGGAAGGACCCUUGUAAACUCCGUCCCAGGUAACACGCCCGUCCAACUGCUAAUCAGAAGGUGCUACUUGUGCUUUUACAAUAAAUAUUGGAACUGCUUGGAAAGAAGGCUGCCUCUGUUUAGUGUUCUCCUAAAUUGCCUUUGUUAUCG